AUGUUAAGGGAGUUGGCCACACUUACUCUCUGCGGGCGUCAUAGGCGAUCAUAUGGAAUCAUAGAAGCAGCCGUGCACCAGUGGAGCUCCGAGCUUCAACCGCAAGACAGUGCAGCUGUUAGUCUAGGAACACCGCCGAGAAAUGUCAAUGCACAGUCGAGCGAUGACGAGGGAAGUUCCAAGUUGGAGUUCACACCUUAUCAAACCAAGAUCGACAAACUCGUCAGGGAUGAGCUCUCCCACGAACUUCGGAUGAUAGACCGCAGGAUAAGUCAAGAAUUCAUUACUCACAAUUGGAAUGAUAAAAGAGAUUAUUUAUACAUCUUUGAGUGUGAAGAGGCGGAAGGCAUGUGCAAGCUCGGGCGCUCUGACAAUCUCUCGCGAAGGGCUAGUGAACAUAAGAAGUGCUAUCCUAAUCUUACGCAACGAUGCUCCUUCUACUGUCCAAACUCGAAGGUAUUCGAAACGGUUUUGAAGCUGGAGUUCACUCAGCAUCGAUACAAGCAUAAAUGUCUCAAGUGCAACGCGACUCACACAGAAUGGUUCAAAACUGAUUUCGAUAAUAUCUACCAACGUGUUAAGGUUUGGUGCCUGUUUUCAAAGGGCCUCCAGAGCCCCGAAAAUCGAUCCAAAGUGUCUGUUCCACUUCCUGGGUUCUCUUCAGAUCCAGACAGAUGGUACAAAUGGGCUCAAAAAUCGGUUCAAAGAUGGGAUAAAAUAGUGUCACAUUCCGAGCCAAAUAAUUCGGGCAAGUCCGUUGUCGACAAUGCUAUCGUGACUGGAGAGGACCUCAACCUCGACGACGAUGCAGAAUCGGUGCCUGGACUUUCUCCUUCAAGCUCUGCGCCUGGAACGCCCGAUGAUGACUACAGCGAUCCUCCCACCCCAACCCCAAUUGAACGCUCACGAAACGGAAAGCCAAUCUUGGGACAGCGUUUGAUCAUACCGGCUGCAUCGCCGUCCGUGUCGCCCGAGGUCUACUGGACCCCCGUCGAGAGUAUGUCAACACCAAAAGGCCGCGUCCUCUUUCCUAGUAUCUCCGGCGCAUAUCCUGUCUCUCCGGUGAAGGUCGUGCCGAAGGAAACCAAGGAGGACGAGAAUGGAUUGGCGGAUAUUCUUGAGAACAUUAAGCUUUUUUGA